GCUAUGGAUAUUAUCACCCUGCUGCUGGUGGGCUUUGCUCUUCUUUUGUUACUGCGAUGGAAGUUGUCUCGCCCACAGGGUUUCCCACCUGGCCCUAAAGCAUUGCCUGUCCUAGGGAACAUGCUACAGAUGGAUUUCUCCAACCCCCUUAAGGAUUUAAAAGCGUUCUCCAAGGUGUACGGACCAGUGUUUAGCAUCUACCUGGGGUUCACCCCGGCUGUGGUGGUUCGUGGACUCAAAGAUCUCAAAGAAAUUCUAGUAAAUAAAGGUGUUGAUUUUGCAGACAGACCUCAGAACAGACUCAUUCAACUUGUUUCUGGUGGCAGAGGUUUGGUUCUUGCUGCCUAUGGCCGAUCAUGGAAGGAGCACAGGCGUUUCACCCUAUCAACACUGCGCAAUUUUGGCCUGGGAAAGAAGUCCAUGGAGGAGAGAAUUUGUGAAGAGAGUAAAUUUCUGAUUAAGGAAAUGAAGAAAAAUAAAGAUACUCUGUAUGACCCGCACCUUGUCCUUGACAAUGCUGUGUCCAACAUCAUCUGUGCCAUCGUAUUUGGGAGGCGUUAUGACUAUGAUGAUCCAACAUUCAGAAAUAUUCUUAACCUUGUCCAUGAGCACAUGAAGAUGGCAACUGGAUUUUGGGCUCAGCUUUUUAAUGCAUUUGGAUUUGUCAGACAUCUUCCUCUACCACAUCAGAAAAUAUUUAGAAAUGUAAAAAUAGUUUUUGGAUUUCUCAGGAACGUUCUAGAAGAACACAAAACAACCAGAGUGCCCAGACAACCCCGAGACUACAUUGACUGUUAUUUAGAAGAACUGGAUAAGGAGAAGCAAGAUGGUUACAAGUCAUCCUUUGAUGAUGAAAAUCUGUUUACGUGUAUGGUAGAUCUCUUUGUUGCCGGGACAGAAACUACAUCUUCCAGUCUGGAGUGGACUCUACUGUAUAUGAUGAUGUAUCCAGAUAUUCAAGAGAAGUGUCGGGCAGAAAUAGACAAAAUACGUGGAGACAAAGACCAUCUUGACUAUGAGGAUAGAGUAAGGAUGCCGUACACACAGGCUGCUCUACAGGAAGUCCAACGCUUUGCCUCGGUGGUGCCACUAGGAGUUGCUCACUCACCCAUCAAAGAUGUGCAGCUGAAUGGAUACACUAUUCCAAAGGGAACAUUCAUCAUCACAGAUCUAUCCUCAUUGCACUAUGAUGAGAGUAACUGGAGGUAUCCCUAUGAGUUCAAUCCAGAGAAUUUUCUGAACAAGGAUGGAGAACUGAUGAAAUCAGAAUCCUUCCUGCCUUUCUCUGCAGGUCCACGAGUUUGCCUUGGGGAGAAUCUGGCCCGUAUGGAGCUCUUUCUCUUCUUCACCACUAUGCUAACACACUUUGAAUUCCACUGGCCGGACCCCAAGUCUCCUCCAGAUCUCACCCCAGUAUUUGGGAUUUCUCAGGUUCCUAGGCGUUUCAAGAUGAGGUUGGUUCCCCGCACCUAA